AUGGCUAUCUUAACGUACCAUGAAUCCAAAGUGGUUACGAGGAAGAGGAAUAUAAUUGGAUACAUGCUUUUCACUCUAAGUACACUCUUUCUCUUAGUUUUGGACUUAGCGACUUCAGGGAAAGGGGGAGUUUGGCCUUAUUUCGGUAUAUGUGUGCUCGUUGCCUGCUUUGGAGUGGCCGAUGCUCAUGUUCAGGGUGGUAUGGUCGGUGAUCUGUCUUUCAUGUGUCCUGAAUUCAUGCAGUCGUUUUUUGCUGGAAUAGCUGCAUCAGGAGCUCUAACAUCUGGUAUGAGGCUGAUCACGAAAGCAGCCUUUGACAAGGCUCAUGACGGACUUCGCAAGGGAGCUAGUAUGUAAUUCUUUGUUGUCAUCAGAAAAUCUUCUCAAUUUCCAGA